CAUAGUUGGAAAGAAAACAUCAACUGUGUCAGCCACAUGUCAAUAUCACAUAUGAUUCAUUCAAAAAAAAAAAAUCACAUAUCUCCCUGGUCGUACCUUUGGCUAUUAUUAGUUUCCCCUCUAACCAAUAAUAAUAAUAUGAUAUAACUUUCUUCCCCUCCAACGUAUAUAAAUUCAACACUUUCUCUUGACAUCAUCAACUCAAAAAUGGAUUCGAGAGACGCUGGAGAAACUCAUCAGGCCAAGUACAAAGGUAUCCGUCGACGGAAAUGGGGAAAAUGGGUGUCGGAGAUUAGGGUUCCGGGAACUCGUGAACGCCUCUGGUUAGGCUCUUUCUCCACCGCUGAAGGCGCCGCCGUAGCCCACGACGUCGCUUUUUUCUGCUUGCACCGACCAUCUUCCCUGGACGAAGAAGUUUUUAACUUCCCUCACUUGCUCCAACCUUCCCUCGCAUCUUACACGUCUCCUAAGUCCAUCCAAAAAGCUGCCUCUGACGCCGGUAUGGCCAUCGACGCUGGAUUCGCCGCUAACAAAGACGGUGUGUAUGGUGGCGGCGAAUAUAGAUCGUCAACGGCGAACAUGGCGGAAUACAGCGAAAGGGAAACGUUGAGCAUCUCCGUGUAUGAUUAUCUAGAUGACGAUCGUAUUUAAGCACCUUAUGUUAGCAAUUAAUGUCGGAUGUGAAUAGAAUUUUUUUUUUUACUUCCAAAUUAUUUCGCAACGUGAAUUUUGAUAAUCGCAUGUUUUUUUUUUU